UAACAGCACUCAAUUUGCCCAGUAAAGGACACUUUUGAUUACUUUCAAAUUCUGUCCAUAUUGUGCAAGUCUCCAGGCUCCUGGUCUAGAAGUACAGCUUUUGUUAAGGUUUGAGCUAUCGCAGUGUCAGCAACAAUCAGAAGAAAAUGCGAACAUUUGUCUCAAUAGCCCAGAAUGCCUGGGGAAUUUUUAUAUCCGAAAGGAAGCCUGGCUGGAAGUAUCUGAUGCAGCUUUUUGCAGUUUGCUCUGCAGUUGGCUUCCUCUCAAGCUUUCUCUUAUUUCUUGGCAUGCGCUUCUCCCUGGCACAACACCCUUUGGGUCCCUUAUUGUUUUCUGGAUUCAUCUGGAUCUUGCUUUCUAUCGCGCUCUCCUGUUUCAAGCACCUGCGCUGUUUUAGUGUCCUAUUCCUUCUUUCUUGCGGACUGCGAAAUGGCAGGAGUGCUCUUAUUACUGCUGGCACAGGCAUCGUGGUGGCCGGCAACAUCCAGAAUAUUUUUCACAACCUAAAGGUUCUGGCAGACAGUAUAACCUGUCAUUUGGAGUAUGAGCAAUUUGCCCUGAUAAAAUAUUACAUUGAGGCAGUAAAAUGGAUUUACGAGGCGGUCAAGCGUUCCACUGAACUAUCAAAAUAUAUAGUGUUCCUAAGGCAUGAAUUCACACCAUCUUAUUCAAUUUCAGAUGAUGCGUUGAAACAAGAGCUAAAUAGCACAAAGCAAGAAAUCCAGAGAGUUGCUAACCAGAUAUCUUUUAUGCUGACUAUACUGCCCUAUAUAGGCCAGAAAGUGUUGCCUGUAGUGGGGAUUUUUCUAGCUUCUUUUGGAACUGGCCUCUUUAUCAAAAAAUUUUUGGGCUCUCACAGUGCCAAAUUUAAGAAUACCUACAUCACUAAAGAGUUCAUUGCAUUUGAUGAGCACCAAAAGCAACAGCAAAAACCCUGCCUUCUGCCACUUAACAGAAAAGAAAGAAAAGAUUAUGUGACAAUCCCAUCUUUCUGCCUCACAAGGAAGGACAGAAAAAACAUGCAGUAUUUUUUUCUUCCUGUAAUUAUUCAUCUUUGCAUCUGGCUUCUGUUUGCUGCAGUAGAUUAUUUGUUUUAUUGGUUAAUUAUUUCUGUGAAUAAACAUCUCCAAGAAGUACCGGAUCUAAAGAUUCAACUCAGCGUCUUUCAGCAAAGGAAUGAGAACAGCUUUAUCAUUGGUAUGAGAGAGCAUAUUGCAAAGACUGAUCCUUUCAAGAUCUCUCUGUUUAAGCAUGACUGCAUCCCUCAGCCAGAGCUCACUCUCUCCACGACAUGGAUCCAUCUUGGAGUCAUCUUCUUCUUCUUAAUAAUUUCUGGGUUACUCUCUGGCUUCCUGACCCAACUUAAAAUACUCGUGUCAACUUCAUUUUAUCCUGACACUGAGAUGAAACGGAUACAGUAUUUGCAUGCAAAAUUACUCAAGAAAAGAGUAAAGCUACAAGAGAAAACAGGAAAGAACAUGUUUGCUAAAACGAUCAACUUUUGGUUUCCAAUACUCCAGGCAAGAGAGGUGAUGAAGAAGAAAGAAAGGAGUGUGGCAAAUGACAACAUCGUGUGAAAAAGUGAAUCUUUGAAUAAAGCUGAAGUACUCUAGCUCCACAGGGACCUGUGUUUUGCACCCAUCUUUCCUAUGGAAAUUAAAUUUUAAAAUUUAAAAAUAGAGUUAAUGGGAACAAGUGGAAAAGAAACCGUGGGAGAUAGUGUGCUCUCCACAGAGAGCUCUGGGUUGCAUUAAUACUUGUUUUUUAACUUGGCUUCUGCAUUGUCGAGUACUUUAGAAAGCCAUGGAGGGUAUGUUCUUCUGUGUAAAAGCAGUCAAACAGCUUGGAGUUUUUAGGACUACAGCACUGUCCUGGUUUCG